CAGAUAUCGGCUUUUAUUAAUAGAGACGAUACUGUACGGCCAUCCCUAAUUCGAGAUAAUGCAGUAUUGUCAAUUUACGUGUAAUAAUAAUGCAUCGCUGAAGGAAAGCCGAUAAUGUUUCUGUUUCUUCUCUGGUUGUUGUUGUCGCUUGCGUUGCUGGCAGUGCUGUCAUUCCUUUUCCUGAGGCAAUGGUUGAUAAGCCGAAAGAAUAAGUUGCACUCACCGUCGGAAAAUGGAAUCAACGUGGGCAUUUUCCAUCCGUAUUGCAAUGCAGGUGGCGGUGGUGAACGUGUCUUGUGGUGCGCCGUCAGAGCACUACAGGACAAGUACCCGAACUCCAGGGUGGUAAUCUACACAGGCGACAUAGACGCCUCUCCCAAUUCCAUACUGCAAAAGGCCAAGAAUGUCUUCAACAUUGCCAUUGAUAGUGACAGUGUGAAGUUUGUGUUCCUGAAGCAACGCCACUGGAUCGAGGCCAAGAACUAUCCGCAUUUCACUCUGCUCGGCCAGAGCAUUGGAUCGAUGGUCCUGGGUCUGGAGGCACUCUGCAAGUUUCCGCCCGACAUCUAUAUUGACACCAUGGGUUACGCCUUUACGUAUCCUCUGUUCCGCUACUUGGCCCAGUCCAAAGUGGGCUGCUAUGUGCACUAUCCGGUCAUCAGUACGGAUAUGCUGAAGAGGGUUCAGCAGCGGCAAAUGGCACACAACAACAAGAAGUACGUGGCAAGGAAUCCCUUUCUCACCUGGACUAAGCUCGCCUACUACCGUCUGUUUUCAAAGAUGUACAAGUGGGUUGGUUGUUGUGCUGAGACUAUUAUGGUAAACUCAUCGUGGACCGAGAAUCAUAUUCUGCAACUGUGGGAUGUGCCCUUCAAAACCCACCGGGUGUACCCUCCGUGCGAGGUUAGCCACUUAAAGAACCUUCAGCAUACGGAAAAGAGUGACGAAUUCAUCAUACUGUCUGUCGGGCAGUUUCGCCCAGAGAAAGACCAUCCCCUCCAACUGCAAGCCAUAUACGAGCUCCGAACUCUCUUGGCCCAAGACGAGAGCCUUUGGAACCAAAUUAAGUUGGUCAUUGUUGGCUCCUGCCGAAACGAAGAUGACUACGAUCGGUUGAAAAACAUGCAGGACUUGACAAAGCAUCUGUCGCUAGAGAACAAUGUUCAAUUCAGUGUGAAUGUCCCUUACGAAGACCUACUUAAAUUGUAUCAAAGCGCCCACAUUGGCAUUCACACUAUGUGGAACGAACAUUUUGGAAUCGGAAUCGUCGAAUCCAUGGCUGCUGGCCUUAUAAUGGUGGCCCACAGGUCCGGAGGUCCUUUGCUCGACAUUGUCGAAACCUCCGAGGGAAGUCAGAACGGAUUCCUUGCCACUGAUGCGGUUGAAUACGCAGAAAACAUUUUAAAUAUAAUUGUUAACAACUCAGAAAUGGCCGGUAUUCGAAGCGCAGCCAGGGCCUCCGUGGAACGGUUCUCUGAGCAAGAGUUUGAAAAAAACUUUCUUCGGGCUGUUUCAACACUAUUUACCAACCUUUAAACGAUAAUAAAAUAGUCCGACCGCUUUUAAAUAUGCAAAAUCCCAAA